UUUUCAUCCUUACUCGAAUCGUGCCUUAGCUCGUUUCGUAUCCCCUCCCCCUCUUUUCUUGCUGCUGCCCAACUCGCCUACAGGGUGCUUCUUUCUUGGUUAUUUCAUUUCCAUUCCUAUCUCCGGAUCUUUCUUUCAAGCCUGGACCUGGAACAUAAGAUAGGGAAGCAUCUCGUUGAGGGUCAGAAAAGGAACAAAAGAGAAAAGAGAAAAAAGGAAGAAAAGAAAGAAGGGAAAAAAUGCACAUCCUCGUGGUCAAUGACGACGGGCCGCCGUCGCCCCAUUCGUCUCCAUAUGUCCACUCACUCGUCCGGGAGCUUCAGGCCCAUGGCCACACCGUGUCGGUCUGCCUGCCGCACACGCAACGCUCCUGGAUCGGCAAGGCGCACAUCAUCGGCCAGACCGUCAAGCCGCUCUACUACCGCCCGCCGCCUCCCUCGGCGCCAGCUGCCGGCUUGAUGCAUGAGGACGACGAGGAGGGCGAGUCCGCAACCAUCACCACCACCACCACUACCACCACCAACAACAACACCAACAACACCAACAACACCAACAACACCCCAGAACAAAAACAAGGACAGCAGGGGAAACUACAACAGCCGCCCCGCCAUGGCACAACGCACGCCCGCCCCAGCACUCGGCCCGGGACCGAAGAAUGGAUCCUCGUGGAUGGCACCCCGGCCUCGUGCGUCCAGAUCGGCCUGUACCACUUCUUCCGCGACCGGGGGCCGGUCGACCUGGUGGUCAGCGGGCCCAACUACGGGCGCAACACGACGGCCGUCUUCGCCCUCAGCAGCGGCACCCUGGGCGGCGCCCUCGAGGCCGCCGUGUGCCGCCACCGCGCCGUCGCCCUGAGCUAUGCCUUCUUCACGCGCAACCACGACACGUCCAUCAUCGAGAAGGCGAGCCGCCAGAGCGUCCGCGUCAUCGAGGCCCUGGUCCGCGACUGGCCCGACGACGGCAGCGUCGACCUCUACAGCGUCAACGUGCCCCUGCUCGAGGGGCUCGAGGAGGGCAAGGUGCUGUUCACGCCCAUGCUGCAGAACUACUGGGGCUCGGGGAGCUGCUUCACCGAGGUGGACGGGAGCGUCGACGGGGAGGACGAGGACGAGGAGCGGAUCCGGGAGGACGAGGGCCAGGUCGAGGAGGACAACCUGGACGGCCCCGGCGGUGCCGGUGGCGGCGGCGGCGGCGGCGGCUGCAGGGCCGCCUGCCAUACCCACAAGCACUUCAAGUGGUCGCCGCGGUUCGCCGACGUGUACAAGAGCGUGGACGAGGCGCCGCCGGGGAACGAUGGGUGGGCGGUCAAAGAGGGGCAUACGAGUGUUACGCCCCUCAAGGCCAACUUCUUCCAGGCUGCCACGGAAUUGCAUGGCAAGGAACUGCAGUUGGGAGUUUCCAGGCGCUCGACUUUCGGAGUCGUGCCAAAGCUAGAGGAAGCCACCUCGGCUCAUCCAGCUCAGGACCACCUUCCGGUCAGGACGCAAGCAGCCACCCAGCCUCGGGUCUACGCCCUGAUCGACUAUGACGAUGAAUAUGUCCAGCCCCUGAUCCUGUCGGCCGUCAAGUCUCUCCUGCCGCCCGAGAGUUACACCCUCGUCAGGCCGCCAUCGUCGUGGUCCAAGUCGGCUCCGGAGAUUAGGCUCGGCGACCUGAUCCCGACCCGCGACGCCAAGGUGCUCCAGAUCAUGCCUUACGAGAGCAUCGACUUCGACUACGCCUCGACCCACCCGGACACAUGCCUCGUCAACAGCUACAUGAUCCGCAAGGCGCUCAUCCGGAAGCACUUCCUCUCGGCAACCGUGGACAAUUGGGUGGCGAAGCACCCGGACUCGGUGCUCAAGACGCACGUCAAGCGCAGCGAGGCCUUCGAGGUGGACUAUGCCGAGUUCUUGGACGACGCCCUGGUGGAGGCGUUUGACCUCCGCGAGAGCUUGGAACGGAACGCUGCAGCGCUCGGAUGCGCGGGCAGCGGUGGAGAUGACGUCGCCGAGAGCGUGGCGGAGCGCGGGGAUGACAGCACCGUACCGACCGCAGCAGCAGCUACCGCUGGUACUGCCACUACUAUUACCAAUACUACCACUGCCGAGACAGGGGAACAGAAGGACGAUCGCAUCGAGUGGUGGAUCCUCAAGCCCAGCAUGAGCGACCGCGGCCAGGGCAUCCGGCUGUUCAGCACGAUGGAGCAGCUGCAGGGGAUUUUUGACGAGUGGGAGCCCGAGAGCAGCGACGACGAGGACGAGGACGACAGAGACCACAUCAUGACCUCGCACCUCCGCCACUUUGUCGCGCAGCCCUACAUCCACCCCCCGCUCCUGCUGCCGGAGCUCGGCAACCGCAAGUUCCACAUCCGCGUCUACGUGCUCUGCGUCGGCAGCAUGCGCGUCUACGUCUACCGCGACAUGCUGGCCCUGUUCGCCGCCAAGCCCUACCGAGCCCCCGGGUCGUCCGGCCCGGAUCCAAACGGGCCGGAUCUCGACGCCCACCUCACAAACACCUGCCUGCAAACCAGCGCCGCCACCAACAACAACAACAAUAACAACACCACUAUUGCUCCCGGAAACCACAAAGAUGGCAGCACACCAUCGGCGUCAGCAGCAGCAGCAGCAGCAGACCUGGUCCUCCGCUUCGGCACGCUGCCCCUGGACCCGGACCGGUCGGCGUCCAUCGUGGCGCAGAUCUGCGCCGUCACGGGCGACCUGUUCGAGGCGGCGGCGCGCGCCAUGCCCGUCCACUUCCAGCCGGCACCGCACGCCUUCGAGGUCUACGGGCUCGACUUCCUCCCCGACGCCCAGGGCCGCCCCUGGCUGCUCGAGGUCAACGCGUUCCCGGACUUUCGCCAGACCGGCCCCGACCUGGCCGGGGUCGUCGCCGGCUUCUGGAAGGGGGUGGUCAGGAGCGCGGUGGUGCCGUUUGUGGUGAACCCCCCCGCUACUGCUGCUGCUGCUGCUACGUACGAUGGCGGUGAUGAUGAUGAUGGGAUGGUGCUGGUUAGGGAGGUGGAUCUAGGAAAGAGGUGAUAUUAGCUCCACUACGGAGUAAUUACGCUACGGAAUAGGGCGUGUAAGUACAUGGAUACAAUGUGGGUUUUUCUCUCUCCCUCCCUCUCUCUCUCCCUCUCUGUGUGUGUGUGUGUUCCUGCCUAAGUGGGCAGGG